GUCACUGUAUAGCAGACGCACUUCAGCUUAGUACGGUUGAUAAAGUUGUCGUAAACCAUGAAAGGAACGACUAAACGCAAGGUGGUGACAUCAGGGAGGCUGACAGGAGGCGUAAAAGUGCAGCCUACCCAGAGAAGAGUGACUCCAAACCCCGGGCCGGCUGCCUGCCCUGAGCCAGCCCACUCUCUGUACUCCACAGACUCUGAAGACCAGGUCACCACUCUGCAUAAGGGACUAGACCGCUGUGCUGCCUUACUCAGUGGUAUCCUGCAGGCUGAGAAAGCAGAGCCCUCACCAGGCUCUCUCAGAGCAGUGAAGGGUGGAGCAGCCAAAUCAAGAUCAUCCACCUCACUGAGAAAGAAGACCAUCAAGAAAACACCUUCAAAGACAGAUCAAAAGAGCUCGCAGUCGGUUCAUCGUGGACCAGGUAGCACAACACCAAGAACUCCACAUCUGUUCUGUAGUCCAGCUGCACACUCAGGAGUGACACUCCAUCCACCUCAGAAACAAACUCACACACUUCUGCAGUCUCACAUAUCUCCAUCACAGAGUCAAACAUGUAAGCUCCCCUACCCCACUCCCUCAGAGCCCCAGCCCUCCAUUCGUCCCCUUCUGCACAAGUCCUCCAUCCUCCUCUCUGUAUCACAGUCCAACUCUCAGUCCAACCAGCCUGACUGCCUGUCUGGUUUGCACACACUUUGUAAAGAGAGAAGCUGCUGCAGCCCAGAUUCUGAUCGUGUGUCUGGUCCUCAUGAGGCCUCCUGUGAUAGAGAACAGGAGGAUUUUGUGCCUGUGAGAGACGUCAAUAUCCAAAGUUCUACUACAGAUCCACAUACUGGUGUCAGUAAUGCACACUCUCACAUACAUACCUGCACCAUGAGGAUGUCUAAGCUGCAGCUGGAACAUGGACAGGUUGAGGAGUUCCCUCAGGAUAUACACAGUGGGGAGGACAGCAGUGCAGAGAAAGAAGUGAAGCUGAGGACGAUUCAGUAUCUGCUGGCAGAACUCAAGGCUCUGAUCGCCGGACAAGGCAGUGUAGCAGAAAGGCUGUUCAGCCAUCUGGAGCAGACUGUGUCAUCAUCACUGUUGAAUGUCAGUAGUUCAAACACUCCAGAGUGUGCAGCAGACCUCCAGUCACUACUCACCCAGAACACCCAGCUGGUAAUCCAGCUCAGGCAUGUGAAGAUUCUGAACCAGCAGUUAAAGGAGCGAGAGAAGGCAGAGAAGCAACGGAACAUGGAGACACUCUGUGACUCACAAGUGUUGACUCUGCAGGAGGAGCUCACCUCUGCUCAGUCCCGUCUGCAGGAACUCCAAGAUGACCUUGCAGAACUACGGAAAGCCCUGCAGGACACACAGAGCCAGCUUAGAGACAAAGAGGCAGAGCAUGCACCCAUGAAGACAGACUUGGAGGCCACCACAUACAAGUUGGUGCAGAGUGAGAGAGAGAAAAGUGAGUUGAUCUCACUCGCCCAGCAAAGACUGGAAGAGAUAGAAAACCUCAACAGGAUUCUUCAGUGUCACGACUUAUCCGAUCGUCACACACUUGUUAACAGCUCAGUGUCGGAUGCUCCAACAACAAAGCAACAUCGCAACAAACGCCAGCAGAGACAGGAUCAAGCAGAGCUCCCCACAGCCCGCAUCACUCAGUACCUGAUGUCUUUGGAUCAGCUGGAGCCCACACACAUAGACGACAAUGUGUGUGUGGCUGCAGAGAGGGAAGAAGAGGAAAAGAAACUGAGAGAAACAUCAUCACAUUCAUACAUGAGGUCACACUGCUUCAGCUCAGAUGAAGUCCAGUUAUGUGGCCAGCAGCUGGGGAAGGAACGCAGGCGGUUGUUUGACUCGACACUCUCCCAGUGUGAUGUGGAGACUGUCACAUCUGAGUGGAGCUUGAGGUCAGGGUCGACCUUUGACACCAGAGAUGAAGCAGCGUUCAGAGAUGGUCUGGCAGCUCUGGAUGCUAGCAUAGCCAGUCUGCAGAAUACUAUUAAACUGGAUUUGGGGAGAUGAUAUUCACUCACUUGACAGCUUCAUUUUAAAUGAGCUACUCUUGCUGUCGUGUUUUAAUGUGAUAUAGUGUGAUGUAAUGUGAUAUUUAAGAUUGGAAAUAAAGGAUUGUUUUGAUUUAGUCCGUUUAAUUUUAAUGGUUUUGAUGAAGACACAGUCUGCUUUGUUUCAGCUGCUCCUGUGCAGUGGUGGGAAUAACACCGUUAUAUUACUAUAUUACUUUUUUCAGUAACGAGUAAUCAAAUUAAUUACUGUUUCCCCUGUUACAAUGCCGUUACUGUUACUGCCAAAAAGCGACCUCACUGAAGCGGUUUUCGCCCGAACAGGCACUUGUCUCUCUCUCUCUCUCUGUCUCCCUGCCAAA